AUGGGGCGGUUGUUCGCGGCGGACGCCGCCGCGGCCUCGUCGGCGGCGGCGGCGCUCAACGGCGCGGUCGACUGGUGGAAAGACGUCAACGAGUCGCCCAUGUGGCAGGACCGCAUGUUCCACGCCCUCGCCGUGCUCUACGGCAUCGUCUCCGUCGUCGCGCUUAUACAAUUGAUCAGAAUCGAGUGUAGGGUGCCCGAGUACGGGUGGACGACGCAGAAGGUGUUCCAUUUCCUCAACUUCGUCGUCAACGGCGUGCGGUCUAUCGUGUUCGUGCUGCGGCGAAACGUGCAGCUGAUACAGCCAGAGAUACUUCAACAUGUGAUCCUCGAUAUGCCCGGGCUCGCGUUCUUCACUACGUACGCGCUUUUGGUGCUGUUCUGGGCUGAGAUUUACUACCAGGCACGUGCAAUGUCGACUGAUGGGCUAAGGCCAACUUUCUAUUGGAUCAAUGGUGUGGUGUAUGCAAUUCAGAUAAUUCUAUGGUUGGUUUUGUGGUGGAAACCAGUUCGAGUUAUGGUCAUAUUGUCAAAGAUGUUCUUUGCAGGAGUAUCACUGUUUGCAGCUUUUGGGUUCCUUCUGUAUGGUGGGAGGUUAUUCCUCAUGUUGCAACGUUUCCCUGUGGAAUCAAAAGGAAGACGAAAGAAAUUGCAGGAGGUUGGCUAUGUGACUACAAUCUGCUUCACUUGUUUCUUGAUCAGAUGUGUCAUGAUGUGCCUCAACGCAUUUGAUAAAGCAGCUGAUCUUGAUAUUCUGAGCCAUCCAAUUCUGAAUUUCUUUUAUUACCUGCUGGUCGAGAUAUUGCCUUCAGCUAUGGUUCUGUUUAUUCUAAGGAAACUGCCACCAAAACGCGGGAUCACGCAAUACCAUCCUAUCCAUUAGAGCAGGCCUGGCUGGUACAGACGAAUGUUCUUUUUACAGAGUCUAUACAGCAUGGUAAAUACAGGAACGGCAACGUGGAAAUCACCCGCACCUGCUCUGAAGCUUGCCCAGGUUUUAUGCGAGGAAGCCUUUAGGAUUUAAGGUUACUACUGUGUGUAAAAGAAGGAAAGAGAAAAAAAAAUGCAACGUCCUACUGUUUACAGGUCUAGAAAUUGUAAGUUAUCUAUGUAAUAUACCCUUUGUUCUUCUCAGUGCUUGAUCUCUGUAGCCCUGUACACGUUACAGGAUUCGCGGUUGGCAUAUUUGUUUUUGACCCCU